GUCUUUAAAAUCAACAGGACCCAUCUUCCAGUUAAUUACAUUAACAGUAUGUUCGGUAUGUGUAAAGGAAAAUCUCGGGGUUCAUUCAACAUUCGUAAUAUUGUACAAUUAGAAGUGUUUAUGUCUAUAAUUUGUUUAAAAAUACUCGUAUUAAAUUAAUAAAAUAAAGUACAUAUUAAUUAGUAUAUAAAGUUAUUUGAAAUGGACCAAACUGUAUUCGAUGAUUUUACUCAAAAUUCCAAUACUUAUUGUCACUAUUCCGAUCAAUUGAAAUCGUCUCCGAUUUACGAACAAUCUACAGAAAUUCGCAAUCAAAAUAUUUCGAACGAUUUUGGAAAUUCUUAUCAAUAUCAACAAUUUUUAUGUUAUCUACCCACCAACGUUAAAUACAUUAAUAAUUAUUACGAAGAUAUAGGAAACGUCGAAGGAAAAGAAUAUUUAGACGCCGCCUCGUGUUCAGAUGAUUGCAGAGAUAACAGGGACGUCGAAUGUUUGACAAAACCACGGAAAGAACGAACGGCUUUUACGAAAAAUCAAAUUCGAGAAUUAGAAAAAGAAUUUUUACAUUCGAAUUAUUUAACGAGAUUGAGAAGAUACGAGAUUGCUGUUGCUUUAGAUCUAACAGAAAGACAGGUGAAAGUAUGGUUUCAAAAUAGAAGAAUGAAAUGGAAAAGAAACAAAUCUGGAGAGAGGCAAAUUAAAUCGAAACACGUUAAAAUUAUUUGAUGAAAUCAAAAUGCCUAUAAUAAGAAUAACUUAUGUAUACUUUUUGUAACUAUAUCCAACUUUAAUUUAGUGAAUUAA